AUACCACUCAUAUUUCCAGUUCAUGUCAAAGUUUGUAAAACAGUGGUACAGCCAAAAUUUUGCUGCUCAAGGUCAUCGAAAUGAUAGGGGAAAUUUGAAGUUGUGAUUCUUAUUGACAAAGCAUGCGUUCGGCGUCUUGUUUGAGACGUUACGUUAGAUGUUUCUCGUCGAGUAUCCACAGAAAUCAGCUGGAUAUCACAAAGGUUUCAUUAAAAGAUGUAGUCAACCAAGGGUUAAGUAAUCAUACAAAACAGUUCACUGAGGAUAAGGAAACCAAGAUCACACGAUUGAGUAAUGGUCUUCGUGUAGCUUCUCAAAACAAACUUGGUAGCCAAUGCGCUAUAGGGGUUAUUGUUAAGGCUGGUCCUCGAUACGAGGGAAACUUUGUCAGGGGGACUUCUCAUUAUCUAGAGAAAUUAGGAUUCCACUCAUCUAACCUUUUUACAGAUCGAAAUUCUGUCCAGGAAGCCAUGGAAAAUUGCAACUCGAUUUUCGACUGUCAAGUAGCCAGAGACUUUAUUAUUUACGCCGUAUCUGGUUUCAACACAAAUAUGGAUAAACUUACGCACAUAUUAUCUGAAACAGUUCUUAGAGCAAAAAUCACUCAAGAAGAAAUUGAAAUGGCAGCUAAAAGUAUUUCUUUUGAACUUGAAGCAUUGGAAAGAUCACCACCAGUAGAGCCAAUUAUGAAUGAAUUAUUACAUAUGACUGCUUAUAAAAAUAAUACACUUGGCUUACCAAAAUAUUGUCCUAAAGAGAAUUUAGGCAAAAUUAACCGUGAAGAUAUCAUUCGAUUUAUUUCCACUCAAUACCGACCAGAAAACAUAGUGAUAGCUGGUGUAGGCAUUGAACAUGAUUCCUUUGUGAAAUCUGUCGAGAAAUAUUUUAUUCCAACAGUGCCUAAUGUAUCACAUGAAAAUUCAACUAAUGAUUUGGAUCGAUCUGUGGAUACUACUAUUUCAGAAUAUACCGGUGGUUAUUAUAAGUUAGAACGUGAUCUAUCACAAUAUCAUGCUCCAAUGCCUGAGUAUGCUCAUAUUGGCAUUGGUUUUAAAUCAUGCAGUUACAGUGAUGCACAAUUUGUACCAGCUUGUGUAUUGCAUUCAUUACUUGGUGGAGGUGGAUCAUUUUCAGCUGGUGGACCUGGUAAGGGUAUGUACACAAGACUGUAUGUAAAUAUUUUAAAUCAACAUCAUUGGGUCAAUUCAGCACAAGCUGAAAAUCAUGCCUAUGCUGAUACAGGAUUAUUCACUAUUCUUGCUAGUUCAUUUCCAUCUUAUUUAGAUCGUUUAGUUUAUACUCUAUUGAAUGAAUUAUAUCAUACGAUGUUAUCGCCAAUAUCACAUGAAGAAUUAUCACGAGCUAAACACCAAUUGAAAUCAAUGCUUCUAAUGAAUUUAGAAACUCGUGCUGUUAGCUUUGAAGAUAUUGCACGUCAAGUGCUUACAUCGAAUAUAAAACAUGAACCAGAUUAUUGGGUUGAUCAAAUAGAUAAAGUAACUGAAAGUGAUCUACAUGAACUACUACAUGGUAUGUUUCAUCAAGCCAAACCAACAUUAGUUGGUUUUGGACAAGUGCAAAAAUUACCAUCGUAUGAAAAUGUUAUUUCUUUUUUGAAUGAUAAAUUAUUCAAAGAAACAAGAAAAAAAUCUAAAACUAAAUUAACAAAUAUAUUUAAAGGAUUAAUUUAAUUUUAUUUCAUCUUUCAUUUCAUUCAAGUUUUGCAUUUGUUUGUACCCGACGUGCGGUUUUCUUCUUGCCUUUCUGCCUUCCUUUCUUCUUUCCGCUGAAAUGAGAACUUAUGACAUUCUUCAUUUUUUUUUUGUAAAAUUUUUGUCCAAUAAAAAACUGAAUCAUGA